CUCUGAAACCUGCCUAUGCCUCGAUAUGCUGUUGUGUCUUUCUGCUUUUCAAACAUCGUGUUUUAGCAAUUAACAGCCAGUCCUUUGUUGAUAAAGAGACUAAUGUUGAAAACUAUGAGUACCAAGCCAAUGUUUUUUAUCGUUGAAUGUGUAAGGUUCUUUACUGCUUACCACCUAUUUGAUAAUCCCCUGCACUUUUACCAAUUCACGUCAAGACGUCACAAUACAAUCUGGGAAGAAGAUUAAGUAGAGGCCCGAAUAGCGAACGUCGUUCCACAGGAGUUACAUAAUCGACUCUAGUAGUUUAUACUGGACGUAUUGAACACCUCCAGCUAACCUAGUAGGCACACAACUUGCCUGGUACUUACAGCGUACCUGCCUAGGUAUCUCUUAGUGUCUUAGGGUUAUAUCUCUAUCCUGGUGACGGAAACUUGGCGAUUAAGUAGGUAACUAACCAUGUGUCUCUAUCAAAACGUACACGCGGCUUACCAUCACGAACUGCUCAACUUCAACGCCGACGAGCGGGAUCGCCAUGUCUGUGAGGUAGAGGCUAAUGGUAGGAGCAGCAGUACCUUGUUGUCACCCGAAGGCGAUGCGUUGGGGGCGGUGGGGAUAGCCUGCCCGCUGCACUCGUGCUGCCGCGUGCUUAGUCGCGAGAUCGUCUUCCGAUGCGGAGACGCGCCGGAGGAUGAGGGGGGGUUGUGUGAGAAUGCGUUUGUGGAGAUUGUGUUUGUGGCCUUGGCGAUGACGGGGCGUGGUGAUAGAGGGGGGGAAGAGGGUAUUCGUGAUGGGGAGGAGGUGGAGGAGGCUAUAGAUGCGCUGGCGGUGACGCCGACGAUGGAGUUCUGGCCUGAGGACCAGCCGGGUAAGCGAAUGGUGGUCUUUCUGGAAGACGAAGACGAAGACGAAGUGGUGGAGAAAAGGGGGAGUGAGGGGGAGGAGGAAGGGGAUGAGAAGGGGGGCGAGAAGAGGGACGAGGUAUGGAAAGAAAAUAAAGAUAGGUUGUGGGAUUUAUGGAACAAAUUGUCCAGCGGCUUUAGGUGCAAACGCCGGGGCUGAGGGAGGGGCAGCACGCACGUAUAUACGGGUUAGGAACACGAAGCUAGUAUUGUUGUUUGAUAUGCCUAGGGUAGUUAGGUAUUGUACGUAACUGUUCACAGCCAU